AAAUGUAGAAACUUAGUAUUUGUAUUUAGUCAUCAUCUUUUAUACGAUACUCCACAUCCAGUAGCAGUUCAAUUAAAAGCACCAAAUUCCUCAAAAUGAUUCGCCCAAAACCCUAAUUUGAAAUCUUCUCCCUUUUAUUUUACCUAUCAGAAAUGAUUCAUGGUAGCGAUGAUGAUGCAGCAGCCGCAGCAGGCGACACCGCCGAAUCCUCCUCCUCCUUCCGACUCUUCACUUAGAUCCCCUACCCCAACUCCCACUCAAUCCCCUCUCCCUCUCCGCCCACGCCAGCCCCUUGAGCAUGUCGCGGUUCCAAUCUCCGCCGCUCAUCCGUCCGGUGAGCCUCUCGUAACCAUGGGGACCGCCGCACUUCCACUCGCCAGAGUUAGGCUAUCCGAUAUUUCCCCCUAUGAUGGUGCCCCUUCUGCUUCCUAUGUGAGGGCCGUGGAGGCUUUUUCGGGUUCUUUGAUGCGACACAAUGCGGCGGUUAUUGAGUUUGGGAACGAGGAUGCCGCAUUGAUGCGUUGCGCCUUGGAAGCCGCGCGGUUGUACUUUAGGAGUAGGGUAAAUACUGUUGGAAAAGGAAGUCGUGGGUUUUAUAUGUAUAGGGCUGGAAGGUCUUUGGAAGAUUGGGACUCAUCUCCCCCAUGCAUGGCUGAUAUAUUUAGGUGCAUGGGGAAGGCAGCUCGUGUUGCUUUAUGUGCAAUAGCAAGGCACCUUCGUUUACAAAGCGAUGUGUUCAAUCAUUUGCUUGAUGAUACCCCAUUACCUGCUAAUGAGGUGUCCUCAUCGGUGCUUGUUGCAUCCUACUCUCACAUGUCUUUGCAAAAUGGAAAGGGGGCUAUUGGAGGAGGGAAGCCAGGGACUGCUGGUGAAGUUGAGAAGGGGUUAUUGACAUUGAUUUCUUCAGAUGGUCCUGGUCUACAGGUUUGUGAUCCCAACGGUCGUUGGUACCAAGCAGAUGCUGGAUUAGCUCCUGGGGAUAUGUUGCUCAUUACUGGCAAGGCGCUUAGCCAUGCCACCGCUGGUCUUCGUCCUGCUGCCACCUAUAGAGCUGCUCCCGAGUACCUAUCAGGCAUUAAUAAUGGUGGCAGGACAUCACUUGCAUUCAGGCUCAUGCCACAAGGCAAUGCUAUAUUAGAUUGCUCUCCAGUUGCAGCUGCUGGUCAUGUAAUUCCACAAAGCUAUGUACCAAUAUCUGUUAGCCAGUUUAUGGAUGAACUUUCUGCUGAAGAAGAUGUAGUGUGCAAUCGUUCUGAUAAUACUUGUGUAGCUCGAAACAAUUUGAAUAAGCAGCCUUCAUUGAGAAGCGUUCUAUCAGACCCCUUGUCUGGUGCAUUCCUUGAAGAUGCUGUGGUUGUUUCUUGUGGACAUUCAUUUGGUGGUCUCAUGUUGAAGAGAGUCCUUGAUAUGUCAAGAUGUACACUCUGCAGUGCAGACAUCGACUCUGGAUCAUUGAUCCCUAAUAAAGCUCUAAGAGCUGCUGCUUUAGCUGUGAAGCAAGAGGAUAAUCGGAGGCUAUUCCAUAAUGCCGCUCUUCGUAAACGACGGAAAGAAAUGGGUGACCAAAUUGAUUUAUCAAAGAGAUCAAGCAGGGAGAAUGGAGAGGAUGGUGCUGAGGAUGGGUUGCAUAGGGGCGUGCAAUAUCCAUUUUCAGUGAAUGAGAAGGUGUUGAUUAAGGGAAACAGGAGGACACCAGAAAAGUUUGUUGGAAAGGAAGCCGUUAUUACAUCCCAAUGCCUCAAUGGCUGGUAUUUGCUUAAGAUAAUUGGAAGUGGUGAGAAUGUUCGUCUACAAUAUCGAUCUCUUUGUAAGAUCAUGAACCCGCAAUCCACCAUUGAAGAAGAUAGAUGUCCUUCACAACCGAUUCAGAACAGUAGCUCAUAGUUAUAGCUGUAAUUACCUUUUACUCACGGCAUAAAGAAAACCUCAAAUACCUAGAGGAAUAGUGAACUUGUCCGGCUAUCAUAGAUAUGUAAUUUCCUUCUCUUUUGUUUCUUUGAUUAUACUAUUGUUGUAUUUGAAUGUUGUUUUUAUCCAGGAAAAGUAAGUUAUUUGACUCCCAAUAUCAUGUAAGAAACUCUGCUUAGAAAAAAGGAACUAUGGAAUAUGUAUAAUACGACCAGCUUGCUUAUUUC